AUGAUGGAGUCUGAGUCGUCGACACUGAGUGCCUACAGCUUGGUCCUAACGUGGAUCAACGCCGACCACGAAGGCCUAGAGUUCUCGAACGAGGCAUUCUGUAGAGCUGUCUCUCACGAUACACAGACGCUCAGCGUACUUUUACAGCACGUCGUACAUCUCAAUGCCAUUUGGCAUUCCAGCUGGCCCUCUCUGCGACUGCAGCGGCGUAGGUUAUACGUGACCGACUUGAAGCCGCGCAUCGAGGGCGAUCUAUGGAGGAUCGAUUGGCUUAUCCGCUUUGCAAAAUGUGAAAUUGGCGUCAUUCGCAGGGACCAGUCACUUUCUCCGACUUUUACAGUCAAGGAUAACAUCACGAUCGAUCUCCUUAUUCGGGCGCAAAAGAUCUUGAGCCUGUUGCUGUCUGAGAUCGAUGCCUUGCCAGAGAAGGACCGCGACGCUACGAAAAUACUCACCGACGAGAUCCUGGAGCGAGAAGACGCGAAAAGCUCCGCACCAGUAGCACUCUUCUUGGAGGAAGAUAUUGGCAGACCUAGCGUUACCUUACGCAUCCCGGAGCUCGAGGCGAAACAAAUUAUUAUGAAGAAACCAUCGACGCCUCCUACGUUGGUGGAGUGCACUAGUCGCUGCGAUGUUUGCAGCUCUAGACCUUGUCGAUGCUGGGCGAAGAAGCGUGUUGAACGAAACGAUUCAAUGUUUAGUGUGGUAUCGCACGGAAGUUUGUCGUUAUGA